UGGGGUUUUAGUCAGGUUGUAAAUAUUUGCGCUGAGCGAUAUUCAUUCGGCCACUGAAGGACAAAGCCACGGUGCCAAUUUGAAGAUGAGACGGAUCGUGGUGUUGCCAAUUCUCAGCUUCAUCACAUGGAUGAGCUCGGCCCAUGCAAUGCAUGGACCCAUGUCCGACUGUUGUCCUGGUGUGUCCAACACCAGAGUCCCUGUAAGGAAAAUUAAGAAUUACACAAUUCAGUUGGAAGGUGUCUGUCCUGUCACAGCCAUAGUGUUCCAGACAGAGCUUGGAAGUAGAAUUUGCUCCGACCCCCAGAGCGACUGGGCAAAAAAAGCCAAGGUGAAGGUGGAUGAGGCCAAACGGUUGCUUGAGAUGGAACAGAAUAAAAAGGCAUCCACAAGUGACUUCGCAUCAACAGUCCCCAGUACAACAAAAAAAGUCACGGUGAAGGUGGAUGAGGAGGCCAAAGGGUCGCUUGAGAUGGAACAGAAUACACAGGCAUCCACCUCCGACCCCCAGAGCGACUGGGCAAAAAAAGUCACUGUGAAGGUGGAUGAGGCCAAACGGUUGCUUGAGAUGGAACAGAAUAAAGAGGCAUCCACAAGUGACUUUGCAUCAACAGUCCCCACUACCACAAAAAAAGUCACGGUGAAGGUGGAUGAGGAGGCCAAAGGGUCGCUUGAGAUAGAGCAGAAUACACAGGGAUCCGCCUCCGACCCCCAGAGCGAUUGGACAAAAAUAGUCACAGUGAAGAUGGAUGAGGCAAAGGGGUUUCUUGAGAUGCAACCGAAUACAGAGGCAUCCACAAGUGACUUCGCAUCAACAGUCCCCACUACAACAAAAGCACCAGUGAAGCAAGGCAGGAAAAGAAGGAGGCGGAGGUGGCGGCUGAAGUCCAGUGGGAGAAGGGGGAAAUGUUUCUGAUGGCGUCUUUCAAACCUGCUUGUAACAUUAACAGCAAAGAGAACUAAAAUCUAUUAUUAUCAUGAUUAAACAUACAGAAUAUAUAGUUGUGAUGUCAGGACUCUGGUCUCUAGUUGGAUUCCAGAUGCCAACCCCACACCGAUUUUACUGCAUUUCCUAGGUGUGUGGAUUAAUAAAGUUUUAUCUUAUCCUAUGUAAGUUUGUGUUGACUGUUCCUUAUGUAAACGUGUGCGUAUGCCCGUCAAAAUAUUUUUGACUGUCACUUCUCAAUAAAAUCUUUCUGAGCAAAUA